AUGCGCACUCGCCACAGCCCAAUCUCCGCUCUGCCCAACCUACACUCCUUUCAUUGGCCUGGCUCCGCCUUGCCUGGCUCCGCCUACCACCGCACCCUCUCACCCUUUUCCUGGCUGGCCUUCGGAAUGCAAAGGGCCUCGCGGCAUCGUCAGGCGAAGCUGACAUGGACUGAUGACAGCAGCCGCCGGCUCCGCGUGGCCGCAGAGGCCGCGAAGGACGGGGGCGCGGAGCUGGCAGUGGGGGACCUGGAGGCGGAGGCGGAAGUCAUUGAAGCGCAGAUUAAGGCGCUGCGGGAGGAGAAUGCGAAGCUGCGGGAGCAGAUGAUCUUCACGCAGGAGGGCCCCAAGGUGGUUCCGCCGCCGGGCGAGGGCAAGAGGAUCUUCGACACCGACGAGUACCUCAACGCGCACCGCAUUCACCUCGAGUACCGCUUCGGGCAGUACAAGAAGCUGCGGUGGGAGAUCGACCAGCACGAGGGCGGGCUGGAGAAGUUCUCUCGCGGCUACGAGAAGUUCGGCUUCAACCGAGUGCACAACGGCAUCGUGUACCGCGAGUGGGCUCCUGGCGCUUAUUCGGCGUCGCUGAUCGGCGACUUCAACAACUGGAAUCCCAACGCCGACAUCAUGAAAAAGGACGAGUUCGGCGUGUGGGAGCUCUUCCUGCCCGACAACCCCGAUGGCACCCCCGCCAUUCCCCAUGGUUCCCGCGUCAAGAUCCACAUGGACACGCCGUCGGGGUGGAAGGACGCGAUCCCCGCGUGGAUCAAAUUCGCCGUGCAGGCGCCCGGCGAGAUCCCCUACAACGGCAUCUACUACGACCCGCCGCCGCAGGAGCGCCACGUGUGGAAGAACGCACGCCCCAAGCGACCCAGAGCGUUGCGCAUCUACGAGGCGCACGUGGGCAUGAGCAGCACUGAGCCGCGAGUGAGCACGUACGCGGAGUUCCGCGACAACGUGCUGCCGCGCGUGCGCGAUCUGGGGUACAACGCCAUCCAGCUCAUGGCCAUCCAGGAACACGCCUACUACGGCUCCUUCGGCUGUCCCUCCCGCCCUUUUCCACCUCAUUGCUCCUCUGCUCUGCUUGUUCCACGCCAUCGCAUCCCCCUAUCCCUCAUAUCAUCCCUUCCUCUGCGUCGCCCGCCGGCAUCCGCGCGACUCUCCCUUCGCAACCCCCCCCGGCGCAGGUACCACGUGACCAACUUCUUCGCGGUGAGCAGCCGGUGCGGCACGCCCGACGAGCUCAAGAGCCUCAUUGACGCGGCGCACGGCAUGGGCAUCGUCGUGCUCAUGGACUGCGUGCACAGGUGGGUGGGCCGCACAGGUUACGGGACGGUUGACAUGCAAGAGGGAGCGGGGACGUGGGUGUGCGCGAGUGCACGUGCAGUCAUGCCUGUGCGCACGCGCAUCACCAUAUACAGCUUGCCGGUGCACCCCACCCUUGUUGGGCACUGCCUCUGUUCGCACUCUCUCGCCCUCUCCGCUCCGCCCCUCUUCCUCCUCAACCGCAUCCACGCGUCGAACAACGUGUUGGACGGGCUGAACAUGUUUGAUGGCACGGACGGGCAGUACUUCCACUCGGGCGAGCGCGGGUACCACUGGAUGUGGGACUCGCGCCUCUUCAACUACGGCCACUGGGAGGUGGUGCGCUUCCUGCUCUCCAACCUGCGCUGGUGGCUCGAAGAGUACAAGUUCGACGGCUUCCGCUUCGAUGGCGUCACCUCCAUGAUGUACACGCACCAUGGGCUGCAGAUGGCGUUCACAGGCAACUACGAGGAGUACUUUGGGUUCGCCACGGACGUGGAGGCAAUGGCAUACCUGAUGGUGGCGAACGACAUGAUGCACGGGCUCUACCCCGACUGCGUCACCAUCGCUGAGGACGUCAGCGGCAUGCCCACGCUGUGCCAGCCCGUGGCGUGGGGCGGCGUGGGCUUUGACUACCGCCUGCAGAUGGCCAUCGCUGACAAGUGGAUCGAGCUGCUCUCCGAGCAAUCAGACGAGCAGUGGCAGAUGGGUGACAUAGUGCACACGCUGACCAACCGGCGGUGGAUGGAGAAGUCGAUUGCGUAUGCGGAGAGCCACGACCAGGCGCUGGUGGGCGACAAGACCAUUGCGUUCUGGCUCAUGGACAAGGACAUGUACGACUUCAUGGCCCUCGAUGGGCCCUCCACUCCGCGCGUGGACCGCGGCAUUGCGCUGCACAAGAUGAUUCGGCUCAUCACCAUGGCGCUGGGCGGCGAGGGCUACCUCAACUUUAUGGGCAACGAGUUCGGCCACCCUGAGUGGAUUGACUUCCCGCGGUGGGACUUCACGACCCCGGCGGGCAAGUUCAUCCCGGGCAACGGCGGCAGCUACCACCUGUGCCGGCGCCGCUUUGACCUGGCGGACGCCACGUACCUGCGCUACAAGGGGCUCAACGACUUCGACCAGGCCAUGCAGCAGCUCGAAGAGACCUACAAGGUGCCAAAGGGGGGGGGGGGGCAGAGAGGUGCAAAGGGGGAAGGGGGGAAGAGGUGCUACGUGAGGCGAGGAGAGGUGCUAGUUAGGGUGGGGAAGGAGAAGCACAAGUUCAUCUCAUCAGAGCACCAGUACGUGUCGCGCAAGGACGAGGGCGACAAGCUGAUCGUGUUUGAGCGCGGCGACCUGGUGUUUGUCUUCAACCUGCACUGGCAGAACUCCUACACCGACUACCGCAUCGGCUGCAACAAACCCGGCAAGUACAAGGUGGUGCUGGACUCGGAUGAGGGGCGCUUUGGGGGCUACAACCGCAUCGACCACAACGCCGCCUUCUACUCCAAUGAGGGGUGGCAUGACGGGAGGCCGCACUCGUUCCAGGUGUAUGCGCCGUCGCGCACGGCGGUGGUGUACGGCCCUGCAGACUACGAGGACCCACUCAUUGAGUACUGCGAGGAGAACCCCGACACUGAUGAGUGCCGCACCUACGACGAGUAA